AUGUAUGUUGUGGGCUUUUCACAACAGGUUUUCCCGGACUUCGUCGAUUUGAUGUCCCGUGAUGCGGAAGCUUUUCCAGGGCCGUUAGCAUUUGGGCAUAAAUAUAUGACAGGCGGAGCUGGUGAGGGAGCGCAACAGCUGCGACCUGAAUCCGAUUUUGAACAACGGCAGCAGGUCAAAAGCGAUAAUGUUUUGCCCGCUUACUGUGAGCCACCGAAUCCAUGUCCACUCGGAUAUGUGGCUGCGGAUGGUUGUUUGGAGGAGUUCGAAAAUAGCGCGGAGUUUUCACGAAAUUACCAGUCAAAUCAAAACUGUAUCUGUGAUCAAGAACAUAUGUUCAAUUGUCCGGCCAGACGAGCUGAUGAAUUAGACGAGAGUCUGCAAAGCAUUCUUGGUGAGCAAGGCAUACACAAGAAUUUAAUCGCUAAAAAAUUUCAUAUUACGCGUGAUGAGACAUUGGGAUUACGUCGCAAACGCUCUAUCCAAUACAAUAAAGUGCACCAUGGAAUGAACCCUUUUCUUAACGGUGAACCCUUAAGAACAGUGGUAAAGAAAGAUGGCAAACAUCUUUGGUAA